CGGAAAUAGGGGGAAGUAUUUACUGGAAAUCGAAACAGCGGUUUUUGUUCACACAUCUGCAGCUUUGAGCGCUGUGUGAUCACAACCUUUGUAAUUUGUAUUUCUCCACAGCUCACCUAACUACACAAAAAGUUUCUCCAUUUCUGUCUUGUAUCCUCAAGUCAUGGCCGUCCACCAGCAGCCAACCCAGGUGGUGACAAUGAUGACAUCUACCCAAAGUCCUGGGACAUGGAGCACCGGCCUCUGCGAUUGCUGCAGUGAUAUGGGCACAUGUUGCUGUGCUAUGUGGUGCUUCCCCUGCAUGCAGUGUCAGACAGCCGGUGAUCAUGGCUGGUGCUGCUGCAUGCCACUUCUGGACGUCUGUUGCGUGGUGUCCUGCUUACUCCGCACCUCCAUCAGAGAGCGCCACAAUAUUCCCGGCUCGUGCUGUGACGACUGCUGCAAGUUGUUAUGGUGUUUCCCGUGUGUCUGGUGCCAGAUGAGCCGUGAGGUGAAGAUCAGGGGCAACCGACCGGCCAACACCUCAGUGGUCACCACGCAGGUCUACACGGGAUAGGACGCAUCUUUUGCGGUUGCGGGAUAACGGAGUAUGAAAUGUUUGUCAUAUAGCCGACGCGUUUUUAUUAAUGUUCUUACAACUCCAUAUGUAUACUUUGAGUUUUUUUACACCAUCGCAUGUAUACCAACCUUUAGCAGCUAGCACUAAGCAUCAUAAGCGCGUGCUUUUUAGAGUAGUGAUGUGUUUUUCAUGUCUAGAUCAUUAGACAACAUGACAUUCAUUGUUAUAGUCAGAUGUUUGUUGAGUGUUAGCCUGUUAACACAUUGGAUGUUUUGAUAUUGUAUGCUGUCAGGUCAGGUUAUUGUCUGAUCUGGAUUCAAUCUGGCCAAUAAAAUAUUGAUAUUUCAGUGAACAA